AUGACUGGCAAAUUCGCUCUUAUUCAAUACCCAUCGGCGCCUCCUCACCCAACCUCAACUAAGCUUGAUCUCUCUCCCUCUUGCAGGAGAUUUGGGACGAAGUGUUCGGGAUGUCUGCAGGGCAUCUCUCCGCAAGACCUGGUACGGAAGGCUCGUGACCGCGUCUUCCACCUCAAGUGUUUCACCUGCUGCGUUUGCCGCAAGCAGCUCUCCACCGGUGAAGAACUCUACGUCCUCGACGAGAACAAGUUCAUCUGUAAACAAGACUACAUGAGCGGAAAGGCCAUGUCUGACUCCUUCACGGGAGGCUCCGACGAGGACGAAGACGAAGCCAUGGACGUGAAGCCGCAGAUCGAGACGAACAACAACAACAGUAGCAGCAGCAGCACCCCGCCCUCCACCAUCCAGGGCGCCCUGCCUCUGCCCACCCUCACAGCUAACGCCCUGGCUACCUCGCCCCAGGGAGUAGCAGCGCCCACAGCGGGGGCGGGGCUAGCAGCAGCCAUGAUGGGUGGGGUUCGACCCAACACGCCCACUAGAUCCUUGGGCGUGGUUCCUCCCACCAGCACUACGCCCAUCCUCGAGCCAAUGAGUGUCGGGGACACAAAAGUUAACAGCGCCUUCGCUGGUUUUAAUCGAAGCUAUGAAAGUGACUGUAUUACAGAAAGUCGCACUGUAUCGACUGGGCUUGAACAUAUGAAUCGUUAA